AUGACGACGACGGUAGAUUUCUAUUUUGCUGGUCGAAUUUAGCGUUUCGUUCGCAUAGGUGAAAUGCGAUAAGAAAGGUUUUUAUCGCGAUUGUAAAUAUCGUUUCGUCUGUAACACUGUAAUCAAAACUUUCUUCUUUCUAGGGGGAAAAAAGAAACGACACCGAUGUUUCUUUCCUUUAAUCAAUGUGACUAGGAAUAGUGUCCUUUUGUAUAAUAGAAUCGUGAAGAUUUUUUUUUAAACUUUUUUGAACGAAGGAAUUUCGAUGGAUAUAAUUUUCGAUUACUUGCUUUAUUUUUAAUUAGACAUUCGUUCUUUUCUUUUUGUUUUUUUCUUUUUAUCGAUUUUUUUUUUUUCUUUGAAGAAAAAUCUCGGUACUGUGAUGAUAAGGAUCGAAGAACGUUUUGAUUAUUGUAUCCCUUAAGACUAUCGAUACAUUAUGAAUGAACUGGAAAACAUCAAAUAGUAGAAAAAAGCGCGAUGAAAGAUUUUCGAUGAUACAUUUUCUUUCUGUUCUUUUUCUUUUUUCCCUUUUAUGAAUAUUGUUUUUAACGAUUGACUAGCGAUAACGGAUUUUUUAAUGCUUUUCAAAAUCAAUAACAGAUUGUCCUUUUCAUUCUCCGCAUUUGUUUCCUUUUUCUUUUUUUCUUUUUUUUUUUUAUAUAUAUAAAUACUGUACGGAUCUUUGACACUUUUACACACAUACACACACACACACAGUGUAUCAGGAACAAAAAAAUUUACCUUUAAAAUGGGUAAUUUAUUAUUGUAGUCAUAUGUAUAUAAAGGAUAAGCCUACUUUAUUGUAGGAAUUUUUGAUAGUUUUUUUUCUAAUGACUAGUCGACAGCUUAGACGUAAGUUGAGUCGCUAGUGCCGGAAGUAACCUUCUAUCAAAAGUUCCUCUAUUUAUUGCGCUCUCGAUGGUGUCUCCCUUUUUUUCUUUCUCGAUCUGCCCUGAGAUACAAAUUACUCGAUAUUCAAUUUUUCUUUUCACGUAAAAAGAAAGGAGAAGGAAAAAUUAUGAUGGCCCACGUUUAUAAACGUGCUCGUCUCGCCUGUGGAAAAUAUGUUGUUUUAGGUUCGAGUAAAAUGGAAAGGUUAAGAAACAAUUUACUAGACAAGACUAGAAUGUAUACGUACGUGGCGUCUGAUUUUUGAAAAGAUUUCUGUACGAUAUCGAGCGCACUGUUGCUGGUGUAUCUUAUGUAGAAUAUAUAGAUUCGUUAGCGCGUAAGCUAGAACAUUUGUUUCUUUGUAUAUAAAAUACAUAUCCUUCAUAGACGAUGUGCUCGAUGUAAAGAAAGAUCUGCAAAGUCAAAGACCUUAUAGAGUCGUCCGAGAUAGAUUGAAGAAAAAAAAGAAAAAAAAAAGAAGAAUAAAACAACGGGAAAUUGUAGGGACAUAGUGAAGAAUGAAAGAUGUAUGUAUGCGCGAACGAGCAUGAGUAUGUGUUGUAUCUUAUGAACGAGAACGAAACAAAGUGUAAUACACCGCAAUUAUACAUUAACCCACCUUAUUGCUAAAAGAAAACGGAAGGAAGCGGUAUAUUAAAAUCUUAUAAAUAUAUACAUAUAUAUAUUGUAAAUGUAUAUUGUAAAUGUAUCUGACAGAUUAAAGCACAGUUUGUUACAAAUUUGUCUUAUUUGUACUUUCGUAUGUAGGACAGUAUUUCAUUAAUUGGCUAUGGAUUGUGAUUAGUUAAUUGUAAGUAUGUAAGAGAUAAAUAUUAAUGUUCCGUUGAACACUAGUGGUCAGUUAUUGAAGUUUUGGCCAUUUAAUGAAUGAAUCUAAUGACACUACAUUAAAAAAUUCGUAGCGUUUUUAUUAUAAAUUAAACAUUAAAGUCAAGAAGUUAAAUAUUUAAAGAAAUUACCAAAUAAAAUCGAAAAAUUUUUCACGGGAAGACUCGUGCAAAGUUACAAAUGAAAAGUUUAAUUCUUGUUAAAUCUUCCUUAAGUUUUGCUACAAACUUUUCGAACAGUACAAUAUAUAUUGUAUAUAAAUCUGAUCUAUUUGAUUCACAAUUCUAUAUUAAAUAUUGUGUUACAUUUUUUUUACAUCAUACUUACAAUGCAGUUUCUAUCGAAUAAAGAUACAUGUUAAUAUUAUGUCUUCCAAUCGAUUACAUUAAUAGCAUUAACAGCAACUGAUCAAUCGUUUUUAUUAAAGUUUCGUCUUAAGGUCUUGAUCUUAAUAUAAUUCUAAGCACAACAAUGGUUUAGUGAGAUCCAUUUAUAUUAUGAAUGUAAUACAUGCAAUAUUAUCGUAUUGUUUACUAUAAAUUUUUUCGUAUUAACAGUAUGGAAAAUUUACAACAAAUUUACAAAUUUGCGCGGCAUUCUUACAACAUAUAAUACAGACGAAUAAUCCUAUAUCUAUAUGUCUGUGCAGUAUAAUAUAUUCAGUUGGUAACUAUCAUAAUUGCAGAAAAUUUAACCUCCAGAGAUACGCAUGAUGAAACAUAAUAGUUCAAAAAGAAUGCGAAUAUGAUAUUUACGAGUUCUAUUUCUCUGAUAUAUAUAUUUUUUGACUUAGAUGACGAAAAUUGCAGAUACAGCAAAUAAAAUUAGUGUCUUUUAGACGGUGAAGAGCUUCAGAAUAAAGUGCACAUGUAAGAAAAAAUUUAGGCAGUUUGUAAUAGAUAAUGUGAAAAAUUAUUGCUAAUUUAUUACGUAACAUUGAGGUUUCAGUGUACGUAUCAAUUAUAUAUAUUAAAUAAUUAAUCUAUUAAAAUUAAAUAUUCAAAUUAGGACAAAAUUAAUGAAACACUUUGAUAAAAUCAACGUUAAUUAACAUCAAUUUAUAUUUUACACUGCUGUUGCGGAACAAUUCUUUAAAAAUUUCUAUUAUUUGCAGAUUGUAAUUUAUAUUUCUAACUUAUUGCACGGCACAAGUACUUCCAAAAUGUUGGAAAAUAUAAAUAAAGAAUUGUUACCGAUAAAAACACAUUAUUUUUUAUUCAAUGCAGCUACUGGACCAAUAGUACCAUUUUUGCCAACGAUAGCAAAACAGUUAGGCUUCAGUGCUUUCUUAACUGGCACUAUAUACACAAUAUUACCAAUUUCUGGUUUAAUAGCAAAACCUUUGUUCGGAGCAUUAGCUGACAAAUUCAAAAUUUACAAAAUGAUUUUUUUAAUGUUUCAAGCUGUUGUGGCAAUAGCUAUGUUUUCCAUAUAUUUUAUACCGGAAAUAGAGAGUAGUGCAAUUGUUCAACUUAAUUGUAAUGGUGAUGCAUCUAUAGAAAUAUGCUCAAAAAAUAGACUCUCAAACAAAAUUGUAAAUAAUGUGAUAACAGAGACUGUUCACUUAAAUGUAUCAUGUCAGAUAAACAACUGCAUGUACAUACAUAGUUUUAAUGUCAAAUUCUCAGAUAAUAUACCAUAUAAACCAACUUGUGAAAAUUAUGUGAAUACAUCAUGUUUAAUUACAUGUUAUGAUAAUGCCAUCUUUAAUCAAUUGUUACAUGAUGUUAAUAUUGCUCAAAAUUCUGCAGAAAAUAAAACAUAUCAGUUUUAUUUGUUUCUGUUAGCAACUAUAAUUAGUUGGAUUGGAAUGGCAGUUGUGGUCAGCAUAGCUGAUGCUAUAUGUUUUAAUUUCCUUGGAAAUGAAAGAAGAAACGAAUAUGGGAAACAAAAGAUGUGGGGCAGUAUUGGUUUUGGUAUAUUUGGAAUAAGUGCAGGAUAUUUGGUAGACUUAUUUAGUGAAGGAAAAUUACAAAAAGAUUAUAGUUGUAUAUUUUAUAUCAUGUUGGUCAUUAUGGUUCUCGAUAUCAUUGUGUCCGCAACUUUGAAGAAGAAAAAUCCAGAUUACUCUGAGGAUGAACCUUCAAUAUUAUGGGAACUACUUACUAUCCUUAAAGAGGGUAAUGUGUUGGCAUUUGGAUGGUGGUGCAUAGGUGCUGGAAUGUGUACUAGCGUAGUGUGGAAUUUUCUAUUUUGGUAUACUGAAGAUCUAGCAAGUAAUUCACAAAUAACAUGGCUGAAAACUUUACAAGGCCUUAUGACAGGCGUACAGUGUUUUCUAGGAGAACUACCGUUUAAUUUUAUCUCGGGAACUGUUUUACAAAAAUUAGGUCAUGUGAAUGUUAUGAGUUUAGUUUUAUUGAUAUAUGCAAUCAGAUUUAUGGCAUACAGUAUUGUAUCCAAUCUAUGGUGGUUUUUAGUUAUUGAAAUACUUCAUGGACCCACUUUGGGACUUUGUUGGCCCACAAUGGUAUCAUAUGGUGAUAAGGUAACACCACCUGGUACCAAAGCUACUAUACAAGGAUUUAUUGGUGCAAUAUUCGAAGGAAUUGGAGUAUCAAGUGGCAGUUUAAUAUGUGGAUGGUUAAUAAACAAAUAUGGUAGUGUUGUAGCAUUAAGAGCAUUUUCAGUAGGAGCACUAUUGUGGCUAAGUUGCUUCUGGCUCAUUCAAUUAUUUCUAAGAAAAUUUAAAACAUCGUCAAUACACAUGGGCCAUAAUCGUGAGUAACGAUUAUGUGGAUAUGUAAAUAAUAAUCAAAAUAAUUUUAGGUACUUAUCGUUGAAAAACAACGUUCUCUUUGUUAAUUUUUUCCAGAUUUGGCAAAUUACUCUAAUCCAGAUGAUGCUAUUCUUAUGAGUCGUGAAUUACAAACUUAUUAGUAAAAUAAAAGCGACAGCGUUUUCUUUUUUAGAAAUUUGAUAUAUUCAUUGUUUACUUAAAUAUGACGAUUUUAAUUGAAUGUAGUAAAAUAUAUAUAUUUUUCGUAUAAUAUUAUUAGGCACUUUAAUUGUUAAAAAAUUUGAUUCAUUCUUAUAGAUAAAUUGAUUAUUCAGUAUUAUAUAA